GAUGCUCGUGGGGCUCACGGCACACCAUUAGCCUUUCGUCGCCGGUUCGCGUGUCCAUGUCCGUGUCCUCUUUUCCAUCUCUGCUGAGGUAAAAGCUUGGCAGACCCAAGAGAAAUGGAGUCAAUGGGAGGUGAAGGGAGAGGCGAGUUUUAACCGCCAUGGAUGAUUCCUCCAUUACAUUUCCCAUCCCCACUUCGAGAGAACGCCUUCAAGUUUUCGCUACUGACAGCGGGCACGAGCCGGGAGGGGUCCCUUCGGUCACGAGUCGUAAUCAUCAACCUCUUCUGAUCCGAUUCAAAGCGCAACCCACAAAGGAAGCCAUACCAACAACCCUCUCGCUCUCUCUCUCUACUGGGUUUUGAUUUUGACAUCGAAUUGGGGAAAGUUUUUGCCCGGAGACUGCGCAUUGGAAGCUGGAGAGGGCUGUUCUGCCUUUUCUCUUUUGUGGGUUUGAGUCAGCUUGAAGCAGGAUCGGCUGCGAAGCUAAGCGUUUGCAUAAUUCUGCGAUGCUCGCGAUUGGGUUGUUUUCAGGUUGUAUAUAAAUUGCAACAUUCUUCUGGAGAGAGAGAGAGAGAGGAAUAGAAAAUGAGGAUGAGGAACAAACACAGAAAAGCAACAAUUUUAGGUUGGACAGGGAGCAGAUGUUCAAUGCCUGCUAUGGUAUGGAGUUUGGUGGGAUUCCUCCUUUUGCUUCAAUUAUAUUUCACUCUCCAUAAAACUGACAAAGUGGAGGAGACACGGUUGCAAAUUAGCCACCAUAGUUUUCAAGAACUGCUGGCGGUUGAGGAGGAAAAUAUCCAAAUUCCUCCACCUCGUGGAAGGCGUUCUCCUCGUGCAGCAAAACGGAGACCUAAAAGGAAAACCACCUUGAUUGAUGAGUUUCUUGAUGAGAAUUCCCAAAUCAGGCAUGUCUUUUUUCCUGAUCGUCGAAGUGCCAUAGAUCCAACCAAGGACACGGGCAACGAUAGCUCUUACUACUUUCCGGGGAGGAUGUGGUUGGACACUGAAGGAAAUCCGAUUCAGGCCCAUGGAGGUGGUGUUAUGUAUGAUCCGCAUUCUAAGAUGUAUUACUGGUAUGGAGAAUAUAAAGAUGGUCCCACUUUUAUUGCCCCAAAGGGACUAGCGCGAGUUGACGUCAUAGGAGUCGGCUGUUAUUCUUCGAAGGAUUUGUGGACUUGGAAAAAUGAAGGAAUAGUCUUAGCAGCCAAUGAAGCAAAUGAAACCCAUGAUCUCCAUAAGUCGAAUGUGCUAGAGAGGCCAAAGGUGAUCUACAAUGAAAAGACUGGAAAGUAUGUCAUGUGGAUGCACAUCGAUGAUGCCAACUAUACCAAAGCGUCCAUUGGUGUUGCCGUCAGUGAUUAUCCCACUGGUCCCUUCGAUUAUGUCUACAGUAAGCGGCCCCAUGGGUUUGAGAGCCGAGACAUGACAAUCUUCAAGGAUGAUGAUGGCAUGGCUUAUCUCGUGUAUUCUUCUGAGGACAACAGUGAACUUCAUAUUGGUCCUCUAACGGAGGACUAUCUCGAUGUUACACAUGUCGUGAAGAGAAUUCUUGUGGGUCAGCACAGGGAAGCUCCAGCUUUGUUCAAGCAUGACGAGACUUAUUACAUGAUUACGUCUGGGUGCACUGGCUGGGCCCCGAACGAGGCAUUGGCCCACGCGGCAGAGUCGAUCAUGGGGCCUUGGGAGACAAUGGGCAAUCCGUGCAUCGGUGGAAGCAAAAUGUUUCAGCUGACUACUUUUUUUGCGCAGGGUACAUUUGUCCUCCCGUUAGCAGGGCUCCCCGCGUCAUUUAUUUUUAUGGCUGAUAGAUGGAACCCGGCUGAUUUGAGGGACUCCCGGUAUGUCUGGUUGCCUCUCAUAGUUGGAGGCCCAGCUGAUUGGCCACUUGAGUACAAUUUCGGGUUUCCAUCGUGGUCUAGAGUGUCAAUUUAUUGGCAUAGGAAGUGGAGACUUCCCAGCAGACGGAGUGAUACGAAACGAUGAGGUUCUUUUUUUGGGGUUAAAUACUAGUUGUAUCAUACACGAGGCCUUUUGAUUUAGGUUCACUCUCUGGGUUUGAUUUCUUGAAUGAUUUGGUCUCUGGUGUUCCUGCGCGAUGCUCGUUUCAAGCCGAAUAUGCAGAUGCUGAAGAAUAUCAGCCGAGGACUGUCGUUGAGCUUACUCAUUUCUUUGUAUAGGUAGUGUUGAUAGUAGUGGAGUACGCCUGUCCAGUACCUUACGCUAAGAUUUUCUUUGGUACUGCCUUAAUCUUCAUCUUUUCUGCUGGACACCCAAUCUCAUUUCCAUUCCUGACCAUAUUGAUCUGAGAAACAUAUGGUCAGAGUCGAACAUUUCAGCCUUUGAAGUGAGGGCUUUUAGAGGCUUUUAUACACCGCGAGACUUUGGAGUUUCAAGAAGAAUUGUCAGCGUUUCCUUUAUGAGAAUGACGAAUUCUCACCAUCGGUUCUAUAUCAACAAGCUUAUUGAAGUCGAGACAUAACACCAGCACUCGCGGCCCUGUUGUAUUUGAAGAGCAGCCUUGAUCCUAUCAUUUCGACCGAGCUACUCAUAAUGGAAAGUCAUAAGGCGAGGUGCACUAUCGACGCUGCGAACUAGUGGUCGAAUCACUUUGUUUCAAGGAUUUGUUCAUUCACUUGGGUCUCCUAGGUCUCUGUUUCGCAAUUUCCACAGGAAGUGAGAAGAGCCUUUCUAAGUUGUACCAUGCUUUGGCUUUUUACCGAGAAAACCUACCAAGUUGAAAGAUUGUGCAUUUCUUUGGGAAGGA